AAAAAAAAGGAGUGGUAAUCGUAAUCGAAGAAAAGCGAGGGUUUAGUUUUCUCUGUACCAGCAGCACCGUUGUUCAUUCAUUUUCUCUCUCCUCCCAAUUUUCUCUUGAAAUUGGUAUCCCUCCAUUUUUCUCUCUUUCUCUCUCCUCCCCUUCUCUUUCUCUCUCUUUCCCACUUUCUCUCUCCUCACCAUCUUCAAGGAGAAGGAGAAGAAGACGAAGACAAAGACGAAGAAGAAGAAGGGUUCCUUUCUUCCUGGGCUUCUGGAAGAUCUGCUAGGGUUUUCGCUUCUUACAAGAUGAGCUUCGAUCCCGUUCCUUCUAACUCUCAUCACAAUCUUGAUGAGCAGAUCGGUCAGCUUAUGCAGUGCAAGCCUCUUUCCGAACAAGAGGUUAGGACUUUAUGUGAGAAGGCAAAGGAGAUUUUGAUGGAUGAAAGCAAUGUUCAGCCCGUGAAAAGUCCUGUGACAAUUUGUGGUGACAUCCAUGGACAGUUUCAUGAUCUAGCAGAGCUUUUCCGUAUUGGGGGGAAGUGUCCAGAUACAAAUUACUUAUUUAUGGGUGAUUAUGUUGACCGAGGAUAUUAUUCAGUGGAGACUGUAACGCUCCUGGUUGCACUUAAAGUCCGCUAUCCCCAAAGGAUCACCAUUCUUAGAGGGAAUCAUGAAAGUCGUCAGAUUACUCAAGUUUAUGGUUUCUAUGAUGAAUGCCUACGGAAGUAUGGAAAUGCCAAUGUCUGGAAGACCUUCACAGAUUUGUUUGAUUAUUUUCCGCUGACUGCAUUGGUGGAAUCUGAAAUAUUUUGCCUGCAUGGUGGAUUGUCCCCAUCCAUUGAAACUCUUGAUAAUAUACGGAAUUUCGAUCGUGUCCAAGAAGUUCCCCAUGAGGGACCUAUGUGUGAUCUCUUGUGGUCUGACCCUGACGACCGUUGUGGUUGGGGUAUAUCACCUAGGGGAGCUGGAUACACUUUUGGCCAAGACAUAUCUGAUCAAUUUAACCAUACCAAUAACCUAAAGCUGAUUGCCAGAGCUCACCAACUGGUGAUGGAGGGAUUCAACUGGGCACAUGACCAAAAAGUUGUGACAAUAUUUAGUGCUCCUAACUACUGCUAUCGGUGUGGAAAUAUGGCAUCCAUCCUGGAAGUUGAUGACUGUAAAGGUCACACAUUUAUUCAGUUUGAGCCUGCUCCAAGAAGAGGGGAGCCUGAUGUCACCAGGAGGACACCUGAUUAUUUCCUGUGAUUUCAAGUUGCCAAUGACAAGAUGGUUUCUGGUGGUGGAAAGCCUCCUACCUGAUCCUAUGUUUAUUGAGCGCUAUUUCAUGUAUUGGGGGUUGUUAUUCUCCUAUGGUGAUGAAUGGAUUGCUAGUCACAUGUGAUGCAGCAGAUAAUCUUCUUUUGACUUCAUGCUUCUAGAUUAUGGUGAAUUUCGCGAAAGAGGAGUCUAGGGAGCUUGUAGGAGGAUAUGUACCAAUUUCCAGCAAAACAUUGUGGUAUCUUUAACGCCAAAAUUUCUUUGCUUUCUUGGUCCUUUUUUGGCCUUUUUAAUUCGUCUUCUAAUUUUUUUGUUUAUUCAAUGUAGAAGAAUGGUUGUUUCGUGGGCUGGGGGUUCUGUAGAGAGACAAAUAGUUAAUUUCCUAUUCCAAUGGGUGCUUUAUAUAAUUUUUUUCCUCUCAAUAGUCCCAAGAAUUAUGUAUUUAGCGGCUGCAUUAUGAUCUUACAUCUUGUGCUCUUAAUGGGCUCUGGAGACCUUUCUCGCUGUUUCAA